GCGCAUCCGGGUCGCGCUAACGCCGCGGUUUCCUCCACCCGCUUGGUUCUUCUGUGGGUCUGGACCGGUCCCCAUGUCCGGCUGUGGGGCCCCUGCAGCCUUCGGACUGUGAAGACUGCUGAGAGACACUUAGGACCCAGUCACAUAAGUGUAAUAAAGAAAUAUUGGUCCUCAUGGAGGAAGAGCAAGAUUUACCAGAGCAACCAGUUAAAAAAGCCAAGAUGCAGGAAUCGGGAGAGCAAACUUUAAGUCAAGUAAGCAACCCCGAAGUCGAUGAUCAGAAACCUGAAACUUCAAGCCUCGCUUCAAACCUUACCAUGUCAGAGGAAAUUAUGACGUGCACCGAUUACAUCCCUCGCUCAUCCAAUGACUAUACCUCACAAAUGUAUUCUGCAAAACCUUAUGCACACAUCCUCUCAGUUCCUGCUUCGGAAACUGCUUAUCCUGGUCAGACUCAGUACCAGACACUACAGCAGUCUCAGCCGUAUGCUGUCUACCCUCAGGCAACCCAAACGUAUGGACUACCUCCUUUCGGUGCAUUGUGGCCAGGUAUGAAACCUGAAAGUGGUUUAAUUCAGACUCCAUCUCCAAGUCAACACAGUGUUCUUACCUGCACUACAGGGUUAACCACAAGCCAGCCAAGCCCAGCACAUUAUUCUUACCCCAUUCAAGCUUCAAGCACAAAUGCCAGCCUGAUAUCCACUUCAUCUACAAUUGCCAAUAUCCCAGCAGCAGCGGUUUCCAGCAUUUCAAACCAGGACUAUCCCACCUAUACUAUCCUUGGUCAGAGUCAGUACCAGGCCUGCUACCCCAGCUCCAGCUUUGGAGUCACAGGCCAGACUAACAGUGAUGCUGAGAGUUCCACGUUAGCAGCAACCACGUACCAGACAGAGAAGCCUAGUGUCAUGGUACCUGCGCCUGCAGCACAGAGACUGUCCUCUGGAGACCCUUCUGCAAGCCCGUCUUUGUCCCAGACCACACCAAGUAAAGAUGCCGACGACCAGUCCCGGAAGAACAUGACUGGGAAGAACCGGGGCAAGAGGAAAGCUGAUGCCAGCUCUUCCCAGGACAGUGAAUUGGAACGGGUAUUUCUGUGGGACUUGGAUGAAACCAUCAUCAUCUUCCACUCCCUUCUUACUGGAUCCUAUGCCCAGAAGUAUGGAAAGGACCCAACAGUAGUGAUUGGCUCAGGUUUAACCAUGGAAGAAAUGAUUUUUGAAGUGGCUGAUACACACCUAUUUUUCAAUGACUUAGAGGAGUGUGACCAGGUGCAUGUGGAAGAUGUGGCUUCUGAUGACAAUGGCCAAGACUUAAGCAACUACAGUUUCUCAACAGAUGGUUUCAGUGGCUCAGGAGGCAGUGGCAGCCAUGGCUCCUCUGUGGGUGUACAGGGGGGUGUGGAUUGGAUGAGAAAACUGGCUUUCCGUUACCGAAAAGUGAGAGAAAUCUAUGACAAGCAUAAAAGCAACGUGGGUGGCCUUCUCAGUCCCCAGAGAAAGGAAGCGCUGCAGAGACUAAGAGCAGAGAUUGAAGUUUUAACAGAUUCCUGGUUAGGAACUGCAUUAAAGUCCUUACUUCUCAUCCAGUCCAGAAAGAAUUGUGUGAAUGUUCUGAUCACUACAACACAGCUGGUUCCAGCUCUGGCCAAGGUUCUCCUGUACGGGCUUGGAGAAAUAUUUCCUAUUGAAAACAUCUAUAGUGCUACCAAAAUUGGUAAAGAGAGCUGCUUUGAGAGAAUUGUGUCGAGGUUUGGAAAGAAAGUCACAUAUGUAGUGAUUGGAGAUGGACGAGACGAAGAAAUUGCAGCCAAGCAGCACAACAUGCCUUUCUGGAGGAUCACCAACCACGGAGACCUAGUGUCCCUCCACCAGGCUUUGGAGCUUGAUUUUCUCUAAGAACUGGAAUGAAGAGCCUUCCCCAUGAGCUCCGUUUCACUCCUGAAGCGAGCUGGAGACUGGAACCAACUAGGAACUCUCUCUCUCUCUCUCUCCAUGGAACGCUGGCGAGAACACAAUCAGGACCGGUAGCUGCGAGGGACGAAGCUUAGUUCGGCUACGAGUGAGCUGCAGCCCCGUGUUCGUCCUCGUGCAGAAGCAGGAGACAGUGGAUUGGGAGAACGAUAGACUCGCUGCAGCUACAGUGCUUUUAAUUCUUCUGGGGUUCUUUCCUUUUGUUUUGUUUUUUAUGUUGUUUCAAAAAAUGAAGAAAAAAAAAAGGAAAUUCUUGGGGCAGAGUUGCACUCUUUGUCCGUGACCUGAGUGAGAACUGCUGUUAACUCGUGGUGAUAGGGAAAAUGUGCAGACUUUUGUAAUAACAUCUCUUGCAGUCUUUGUAAUCUCCUUAGCUGUAGGACAUAUUCCCAGUGAAUGUAUAUGUAAUUUUUAUAGGUAAGGGUCUGGUCUCUGAAGCAGGUUCUCCCUCCUUUUUCUAGCAAGAAAGGGGUGUGUAAAGUUUCCUUGGAAAAUAGCAACUGAACUAUCUAAAAUACCUCUCUGUGACAGUAGCACCUCUUCAGCGGCUCCCGUGGUUUGCUGUCUAGGAUGGUUUCCCUCCUGUUCUUCCAUCUCCUCGUUUGCUGAACUUGGGGGCACUAGACACUGAGAAACUUUAGACUCUGUUAUUUCCCAUCCUAGAAGCCUUAGUCCCCUUUCGAAUCCCUCUUCCCCUUUAACCAAGUGGCACAAUCCUGGAAACUCCUUCUCUUAGACAGUAAAUGCUGAGCCUUCAGCUUGACUCAUUUAUUCAAAGACAAGGCCCCCGGGGGCUUACCUCCAAACUGGAAAGAAGGGACUAAGGCUUCGUGUGAAUUUCCACUUAGGUUCUCGAAACAGGAAUACUCCACCUCCCCCCAGCCAAGAAGCACUCUGCCCACAACAGAUGCUCACCCGACAGCCUUCUCUUCCUUCCCGGCCACCGGUGUGGGCCCCUGCCCUCUCCCGCUCCGUGCACCUCACGGCCGGCUCCAUUCAGCUCUGGCCAGUCGCUGCGCUUUGGACCCAAGAUGUCAAAGUGAGUCUAAGAACAGGCUCGUAACUACAUUGUGGGCAAAACUACCAACGUAGUCGACUUCCUUUGAAGCCCUUACGUUCUGUGAAGGGUAUUCUGGGCAUAUAUUUACCCAGAUCCCGACCUAAAGUUGAACAGGAGAUUGCUGUGAUCAAAACCCGUUUUUCCCAUGGUACACCCUCCCCACUUCUCCAAUCUCAUUCUGAAAUGGGAAACUAGAAGCCGGGAAGACUCCUGUUUUAAAGGAAGUUGCUGGACCCCCUACUCCGUGCCUAGAAACUUCAUCUCCCAGCCUGACAUCGGGGAAGACUGGCGGGCGCCAGGCACUAGUCCCAGCCUUCUAGCCCAGCUGUGUGUGUGGGUGCUCCAUCCCUCCAAGACCAACCCAGGCAUCUGCUCAGGAAGGAUAAACUUCCCUGGAGCUGAAGAAGUUCAGCCUGUCCCAGGCUGCAGUGAGGAGUGACGAUUUAAGCACCUCAGAGGGAUGGAGUCUGGGUUCUCAGUAAGAGGAGGCAUCCUUGACCAGCCCCGGUUACGCUUGCUCAUCCCCAGAGGUUCUUCAUGCCCAUUUCCAGAGAUGUUGCAGCACAAAGAAGCCGGGCUCCUCCCAAGGCCGAGUCACUCACACAGCAGAGAAAGGCUGUGUGUACACAUUCCUUCAGAACUGGUUGAGAAACUGCUUCAGGGCUCACCGUUUCAGGAAAGGUUUCUGGAGAGGAGUCAAAGUCAGUGUUCAUUAUGUAGCUGCUUCUUAGGACUCGUUUCCAUUGAUGAGGUGGGGGUGGGGGGCGGUUAUAUAGUCUGAGGCAGACCUUGCCUUGGUCUAAUUUCAACACCGUUGCCCCGAAGCUGCUCUGCCUUGCCCGAUCUUAGAAAGCUCUAGGAUGGUCUUUUCUCCAGGCCCCAAGCCCUCGACCUGCCAGCAGUAUAACUGUUGAUUUGCCCUGGACAUAGGCCACCCGGUUGGUGCUUUGCUUCAGGCUGAGAGGCUGUGGAGUGGUACCCCCAUGAUGCACACAGGUCCGCGCACAGACCCCUCCCUCCCCCUGCCCUUUGGGAAAAGAUCUUUAUUCCUAGACGAUGACUUGGACCCCUUUGUCCAAAGGCCAUUGGGCCUUUCCCCUCCUGCCCUGACUGCCCAGCCUGAGUGUUUGCAAAAGGAACUUGAAAUUGACCAAGAGAGGGCAGGAAGCUCUCUGAGCAGAGCAGCACCUGCUCUGUCCUGGUUGGCGCCACCCUCAUUCAGGGGACAGGCAGAAAAUGGGACCUGGCUUCUGUUUGCCAAAACGAACUGUCCAGGAAACAGUGCUCUUUGACCCCCGUGCUUUCCUCCUCCCCAGCACGAAGAUCUGGAAAGGAAAAUAAGGGGCAGCACCAGGAGCUUUUGGAAGCUGAGGGUCCAAGGACACAGGUGGUCCUUUCGUCGAGGGGGAAGCCCUCUUUACUAGAGAGAGAGUCCCUGUGAAAUUAGCCACAUGAUGAAUCCGUCCCCCAGCUGGGGACUGGCUGUGAGUUCUGUAAGAUGGGUCUGCACAUUUCGUGCUCAGGACUGUCUCUGGUGAGGAGGGAUCUGGAGUUCUCCAGUGUGUUCUGGAUUUAAGAGGUGGCUUGACUUUCGAAUGUAAAACUGUGCCUUAGCAUCACCCUGUCCAGUCCCCCUGGGGCAGCUGGUGGUGUCCAGGAGAAUGGAUUCCUGCUCCAGAUUUAGAUGCUUUUAUUUGUUUGGGGGUGUUCCUGUCUUCUGCUCUGCAAGUUAGGAGGGGGGGCCAAAGGUAGUGUCCCAGGAGACUUGUGCCACAGCUUGUUCGCAGUUUACACAAACUCAACUUUAAAGCUCCCGAGUAGAAUCUGGCCGGCAAACUCCAGCUGCAGCGUAUGGAGCUUCUAGAUGUUCUCUCCCUUGAAUGGGUGUCAGUGUCACUGAAGCGCGGGAGGUGGGGGGGUGUGUAGGAGAGGGGCAGCUGUUCUCCCUCUUCCUGGGAGAGAGAGGGUCUAAGCUAAGGGGUGGUGAGCUCAGGCCGUUUCUCUGCUCCUGCAGGAAGGAGCAAGUGGGGUCCCUCUUAAGCAAGCGUGCAUUUCUUACCACUAAAUGGGUUUUCUUUCUCAUCCAAAAGUCAGAACUCCCCGGAUUCACACUAUACAAGCCAAAUCUGAAUUCUGAGAUUCUAAAAUAUCUUAAAACCACGAGAGAAAAUAGUUCUGGCCCAUCCCCAGUCCGCAGCAGGCCCUCAGUUUCUUCCCCUCCUCGGAGUCAGACAGCCCCAGCAAGCGAGGCUCACAGGCUAGUUCCUAAUGCACUGACAGGAGCCAUCCCACUAAGGACGACUUCUACUCACAACCUGACCCCCGGCGACUCACGCCUCACCCAGCAGGAAGAGGCGUUGAUCGAAUUGGAUAUAUUUAUGUGACUGCGGGCAUUCGUGGCUGUCGAGUCUUUGACCAUAAUGCUUUAUGUAAUGGGAACUAUCUUGUAAACUUGAAAAAAAAUAAAGUUUUUAUUUUCUAUA